AUGGUGCCCCCGGUCCGUACCCAGAAGAAUGAAGAUGCCAUCGCCUACGCGAGGACGCUGGAGCGAGUGCCUUGGUGCGACGACUACGAGAAGAUGAUCUCAGGCAUGCUCUACAGCUGCAUGGCGCCCGAGCUGGUGGAGGCUAGGACCCGCGCAAGACGCAUAGCUCAGAAGUUCAACACGUAUGUCCCGGAAGAGAGCGCGUCCGCGGAUGAUGUUGCCAACACCAGGAUGGGCAUGAUCAAGGAGUUGUUGGGCAAGAUUGGGGACGAUGUCUACAUCGAGCCCAGCUUGCAGGUGGACUAUGGCUGCAACAUCACCGUUGGGGACCGCUUCUACGCCAACUUCAACUGCGUUAUUCUGGACUGCGCCCAUGUCACCAUUGGCGACAGAGUCAUGUUCGCGACGGGUGUCAGCCUCAUCACAGCAACGCAUGAGACGGGCUUGCAGUCAAGAAGAGACAACAUUGAGUACGCGGAGCCAAUCACCAUCGGAGAUGACUGCUGGAUUGGAGCAAACGUCACAGUACUGCCGGGAGUCAAGAUCGGCAAGGGUUGUACGAUUGGCGCGGGAGCUCUAGUGAGCAAAGAUAUUCCCGACUACUCAGUUGCCGUUGGCGUCCCGGCCAAGGUUAUCAAGAAGGUAGACCCCGUGGAUUAA